AUGUUUGCCAGGAGUUUCAAAUUCUGUCUACAUUUGCACGAAAAGUUAAAAGACAAAUUCGUGACUGGUUUAGGAAAAGUUUCAGUAAUAGAUCGUCUAUGUGAAUUAGAACCGGAUAAAUUAUUCAUUGAUUUAGUUUAUGUUGCCUUAAAAUGCGAAGCUUCAAAUAAAGAGUGUCCAUUCCACUCAAUGAGUUCAGUCACUCCCAGAGGAAACAAAAGGAUUACCCUCAGUUCAACAGAAAGCAGUUAA